GAGGGAGUUAGCGGGCCGGGCUGGGGUGGGACCGCGUCUGCGUGGAGGGCCGGGGUGGGAGCUGGUGGCGUCCGAGCGCUGCACGCCCGGUGGCACCUGCGCCCGCCUCGGGGCCGGGCAGCCGCCUUCCUGGCCGGCAGCGCCCGGCGACAGGUGUGCGGGAGUCCCCGCGGGGGUCCCGGCGGGGGUCCGGGCGGGGGUCCGGGCACGGGUCCUCGGCGUUCCUGGGAGGCGGCCAGGACCGUGGGCAAGGUCGCCCAGCGACCAGAACCGUCCCCCGCGGGGAGCCCGCGUGUGAGACCCCGGGGGCGCGCGCUGCUGGGGGCGCGACAGCGGGUCAGGCCGGACUUGAAAGGAAACACCGUGAACCUGUUUGCUCCUGACGGCGGAGCGGGGCUGGGACGCCCGGACGUCGUGGGGAGCCGGGGGUCUCCCCGGGGCCACUCUGUCUGUCGCCGGCCCCCGGGGCAGUGUCUGGGGACGUGGUGGUUGUCGUGCAGGGGAGCGGAGCGCCUGGCACCGAGCCGGGGCGCCGGGGUGCUGUUCGGACCCCGCAGCGCGGGCGGCCCCGCCCCAGAGAAUGCCGGGACCCCAGUGUCCACAGCGCCCAGGGGAAGAGACUGCGUUAAGGAGUUGAAGACCCGAGUCAGAUCCUGCUCACCGCUCAGCAGAAUAACGUUCUCAACGGGUCAGACAGCGCGAAGCAGGGAGCCCCACCCCCAGGGUCCGUGUCCCCUCCUCCCCAUUCCCACUGCCCUCAGGGUGUCCAGCGUCCCAGGGACGCUGGAGGGCCGCUCAGGAUGGCACACGGUGUCUUGGGGCGGGUGGAAUCCCCGAAUCCAGGGGAUCUCUUCUGGGACUGGGGGUGAUACCUGGGAACAUGUGUGCUUGUCACACGGGGGGGGGGGGUUCGUGGCAUGGCGUGGGUGAGGUCAGGGCGUGGGCGAUCACCGUGCUUGGGGGAGACCCUGGCUUACCCUGUGGCUUGGGAUGCUCGUGGUAUCAAGGGUCUGUUCUGUUGAUGUCCAGACACAGGGGCCAGGGGAGGGAGGAGGAAGCCGCUGACCAGUCUGCCAGGGUCCCGGCACCAAGCCCUCCAGUCUCUCCCCUUUCUAGGGUGCAUUUCAUUGCCCUUGUGAGGAAGUCUUGGUGGGGCCGCAUCCGGCCUUCCCUAUGGAGGAAGGAGGAGUUUCUGUGGUUCGAACACAGGGAAAAUCCUAAGCCGUGUACCGCAGGCUUGGGUGAAGGAGGGCCCACAAGGGGCCCCUAACGUGCACCAUGAGGAGGAGGGUCUUGGAACUUCAGGAGGGCAGCGGAGGACUGGUCUGGGAAGAGCUGGGAAGGGCUGGGGGACCCGGGCCCCUUGCCGGGAGCUGCAGUCAGAGUCCCCAGAGCGAAGACGGAACCCCACGCACGCAGUGUGGGGGAUGGGUGGUAGGGGCGUUCGGUCCCCUGCGUGAAGCUGAGGCGGGGACCAGGAGCCCUGCCUCUCUGGCCGCUGGUGUUUGUCAGUGUCCUGGGCGGCUGGAGUUUAGCACCGCAGCCUGUGUGGCCAACACAGCGGGAACCUCCGCUCUCACAUUCUGGAGGCCAGAGUCCGAAGUCAAGGGUCCGCAGAGCCCUGCUCUCUCCAGGGGACCGGGGGAGGACGCUCCCUCCUCCUCUAGCCUCUGAGGAUCGCUCUCAACCCUGGGUGUCUGGGUGUCCCUUGGCUAGGAGCUGUCCCUUGUCUCUGUGUCCGUUGCCGCAUGGCCUCGUCCCUGUGUGUCCGUGUCUCCUUCAAGGACACCGUCCAUCACCGUGUAUCAGGGCCCGCUCGACUCCAGGACGACUUAGUCACCACCUCAAAUUUCCUGUUUGCAAAGAAGGUCACCUUCCCGGGUACCGGAGGGUCAGGCCUGAGCCAAUGGUACAGAGGACCUGACGCAGGACCGGGCAGUGUUCUCACUGGCAGGUGCCUGCUGGGGCAGAGCACGGGUGUCCUGCUAGAUCCUCACCGCCGGUGUGGCCGCCCCCGGGCCCCUGCCCGGCCCCACCGAGACCAGGCACGCCCACUCUGUGGGCUCUGGAAGCUGCUUUCCCAGGAGAAGAGGAUGGCUACGGGGUACCUGUCCCCCAGACCCCAGGCAGCAAAAAGCAAAGAACCUGUGUCCCACGGAGACCUUUUCCCGUCUUCCCUGCCUGAGGAGUCGCUGUCCUGGGAAGAUGUGGCCGUGGACUUCUCCCGCGAGGAGUGGGCGAUGCUGGGUUCUGCGCAGAGACGGCUCUACAGAGAGGUGAUGCUGGACACCUGCGCCCACUUGGCUGCCCUGGGAGCGUUGAAGAACCAGAGUUCCAACACAGGCGUUGACGAUGGCGACGGCACACUUUCCCCAACACAAGCCUCUCAGGCCACCAGUCCUUCCCCAGGGGUGGGGUGUCCACUCUUUCUACCAGUGGUGCCUUUCCACUGGGAACCAGGAGAAGCUGUGUGGAUGGAGGCACGAGGAACUCCCCAAACCUCCUGUUCAGAUUUGGAGACUAGUCUGAAAAGCCAAGAGUCGGUUUAUAAGAAGGUGGUUUUGGAGGAAGAACCAGCCGGUGGCACGGAUGCCAGAAAGCUCCCCAGAGAAGACUGGGAAUGUGGUCAACUUGAGAAGAACCACGAAGACUCCCGCAGGCUUCUGAGGCAAAUGGCGUACGCCCAGGCGGAGGCAUUUGCUCCAAAGGAGGCCACUGCCUGGCACGUGUUUGGGGAAACCUGUAGCACAGACUCAGACCGUUCUUUGUCACAAGGAGGUUUUAGAGGAGGACGUUUCCAUGACUGUGAUCUUGAUAUUGAGAGUCUGGUAGCCGAUCCGUUCUUAAAACACCAUCGGGUGGGGUAUUCGGACCAGAGGCCGUGUGAAGGGAAGGAAUACAGAAAAGACAUCAGCCCAGACAGUCCCCUUGCUCAGCACGAAAGGACGGGAACUUGUGUAUACCCAGAAAGUGGGGAGUCAUUUAAUCAUAGUAUGGCGCUUAUGACCCACAACGCGGCGGGGAAACCCUAUGAAUGCUACCACUGCGGGAAAAUGUUUAAUCGGAGGCAUUCUCUGAGUGAGCAUCAGAGAAUACAUACUGGGGAGAGACCCUAUGAGUGUCAGGAAUGUGGGAGAGCCUUUACGCACAGCUCAACCCUCACGCGGCACCUGAGAACUCAUACUGGAGAGAAGCCCUACGCGUGCAGUGACUGUGGGAAAGCCUUCAACAGGAUUUCGUCUCUUACCCAGCACCAGAGGAUUCACACAGGGGAGAAGCCUUACAAAUGCAAGGACUGCGGAAAAUCCUUCUGCCAGAGUUCUUACCUGAUCUUGCACAAGAGAACGCAUACUGGAGAGAAGCCCUACGAGUGUAACGAGUGUGGAAAGGCCUUCAGUGAUCGCUCCUCGCUCAACCAACACGAGCGAACUCACACCGGGGAGAACCCCUAUGAAUGUAAUCAGUGCGGGAGAGCCUUCAGCCAGAGGUCUUCCCUCGUUAGGCACCAGAGAACUCACACUGGAGAGAAACCGUACAGCUGUCCUGAGUGUGGGAAAGCAUUCAGCCAGAGCUCCUCCCUCAUCACCCACCAAAAAACUCACACUAGUCAGAAAACCUACAAAAUAAUUGACUGCGGGAAAGCUUUCUAUCAAAGCAGCCACCUUCUUGGAUUUUAGAGAACGCUUGCUGCUCUGUGAAGUGACUCAUAGCCGUCCACUACGGAAGGGGGUUGGGUUUUGCCCGUCUGAUGUUCUCCUUAGAAAGAAGUAGGCGUAGGCCACAUUCUUGAGGAGAAGCAGGGAGGUCCGGAUCUGAGAAGGGACCUUCUACUGGGGAAAAUUAACACUGAGCCGCGCCCGGUGCCUGAUGUUUUGGAGAAGACUGACGCACGGAAACGCUAACAGGCAGUGCGGUUUGGCUGCGGAUCCUUGCAUUGAUUCAGUCGUUGAAACUAAAGACACUCUGUUUCAGCCUUUUGUUUGAAAAUUCAGUAUUUUUGUUUCA